GUUAGCGAGGCGGUAGAGGUGGGGCUGGAGGGGGUUUUCUUGUCAGGGCCUUCAGAGUCACCGCCGCCGUCGGGGUUGGUAAGGUUUGGAGAGCUAGGGGUGCGUUGGCUUUUCGCUGGGCUGCCCAGCUCCCCCCCCAACCCCCUCCUCCAGCACUCUAGCGGGCAAGCCGGUCGGCCUGAGGUCUCGAGGACCAGUGGCGCCUGAGCGGUGCGAUUCUGUGGGCGGGUCCGGGGUCCGGACUGUUCGGGGCAGGGUGCGGCCCUCGUUGGGUGGAAGGAGCUGGCGGGUUGGUGGGCCUGGCGGUUUACGUGCCCCGCAGAGCCUGCCUGUCAGUUUGUCCCAGCGGCUUGGAGUUGGGCCCCUUUGUACUUCUCGCACCUUACCCACGUUGUGACCAGAGCGCUCGUUUCCUUUAUAUUUUAGUUUGGCCGCAGUAUGGUCGUAGAGUCCAGUGCACAGGGAUUGUUUAUGUUUUGUUUUAUUUUUUAAAUAGCAAGAACUAUGAAUGCGUCGAGCUUUGGGGCGCUUGGUGAUGCUUUUUAGAUUCCCUAAGGCCAGUGAAUCCCCUUCCCCUCCCCCUCAUACUUUAUUUUUCCCCCUUUUACUUGAGUGCCUCCUUGGCACUCAAGCCUCAUUUUUUUUCUUUCUUUCUUUCUUUCUUUUUUUUCUUUCUUUCAAUAAGCCCACUGGAGCAGGCCCGGAAAAAACGAGUUUUCUGGUUUCUCCGCCUGGAACUAACUGGAGGAGAGGGAAGGCACUUUGAGUCUUAAGCUGCUUUCUUACUGUAGUUCCUACUUAUUUGAGAACCCGGAGAGCGGAGAGAUCUACUGAUGUUCCCAAUCUCUGGCCACUGUAUCCCAGCCCGGGAUGCUGCUCUGUGCUGCUCGGACACACAAUCUUGAGACUGUUUAUGACCAUAAGCUUUUCAAGAUGUCCAACAAAGAAUCUUGGGGCAAAGAAGAAAAGUCUCAGAAAAAAGGCACCACCUCUUCACCCAUUUUUGAUGAAGACCAAAAGGUGAAAAAAACUUCAGCAAGUUUGACUAGUUCAGAUUACUCUGUAACAUCAGUUCCAUCAGAGAAGAGAAAACUGAAAUCAGAUCAUACAGACAUUCUGUACUGUAAUACGAAAAGAAGACAAGAUCUGAAAAGAUCGAAUGUAAAAAUUGACAUGCCCAGCAAGAGACCAAAAAUCAAUUCUUCAUCUCAAGAACUUAUUAAACUCCAAGAAACAUCAUAUUCAAAUGAUAAUCAGAUUGUUUCACAGAGUGCUUCUUCAAGUGGACCUAAAAAAGAUAUUAAAGAUACUAAAUGGACAAAUGUUAGGAGUAAGCUUGACUAUGGAAUUAAGGACCUUAGCAGUCCUAAAAGUGCCAAAGAUGUGAAACCUAAAGCUGAAGACCAGGCAAAAGAAAAGAAAUGGCCUCAUUUAUUUGCUCAGAAGGAAAAGAUGAAAGAAACCAUGAAAGAACGGAUCAAUAAAUCUAGAGACAAUUCUGAAGAAUGUGUCUUGGUGAGAUGUAAGAAGUAUCAGUUUUCUCAGGAUUUUUGUUCCAACAAGAUAAUUAAGGAACACUUUGAAUCUAAAAGGAAGAAGAUCAGCUUUAAAAUCCCCCCAAAAUCCUGUAAUACCAUUCAGAAACUUGUAGGAGAAAAUGUCUUUAGUUUAGAGACUAGUAAGUCAAAGACUAAGUGGGAAGGAAAAGAAUGCCUGAAAAGCUCCCAGUCAUCACAUUUGUCCAGACACAAAACUGAACACUUGUACUCAGACUCCAAAUGUAACCAGGUUGCUCAAGAGCGGAAAGGAAAACCCCAUCAGGAGCAUCAGGAAACCAAAGACUCACAUUCCAGGGAAAACCUUGCCCAGAAUUUUGAAGCACCAUGUUCUUCAGUAUCACCUGAAAGUAUUCAAGACACAGAUCAAGAGAUGCAGAUAGUAGAAGAGCUUCAUGCUGCACGUGUAGGAAAAAAUGUGGAUUUACCUGUGGUUCCACCUUCUGGAGAGUUGAUGAGUAUGGAAAUUGACUUGGAAGACGAUGUGCAUUCUUCUGCUGCAAAUACUGCUUCAGACAAAAACCUUCUAAUUGUUAUUGACACGAAUAUUCUGAUGAAUCAUCUCAAAUUUGUUAGAAUUUUGAAGACAUCCAAAAUACCAGGGUUUGACAGACUUGUGUUAAUAAUUCCCUGGGUUGUUGUGCAAGAGUUAGAUCGAAUGAAGGCAGGAAAACUACUAAAACAUGCCCAGCAUAUAGCUAUCCCAGCAAUUCAUUUCAUCAACGACAGUCUUAGAAAUCAAGAUGGAAAGCUCUGGGGUCAGUCAAUACAACUUGCAUCUCAAAAGCUUUAUGGAUUGAGUGAUGAGAACAAUGAUGACCGAGUAUUAAAGUGCUGUCUUCAGUACCAGGAAUUAUGCCCGUGCUCUCUUGUUAUUCUGUGCACGGAUGAUAGAAAUUUAAGAAGCAAAGGCCUAAUAAGUGGUGUGAAGUCACUCAGUAAAGAAGAAUUGAGUGCAGAGUUAUUAAACUUAUCUCUGAACACAGAUAAAUGUCAUCAGCCUUGUAUUUCUAAGCAACAGUUGAAAGCAGAAGCAACAUCGCCAGAAGAGUGCUCUCAGGAAGAGUCUACAAAUUCUGGACUAUCCAUUCUACUUGAACACAUCCUAUGUGAUCUUGAAAAAUCUCUUGGAACAGCCUUAUCUUCAAUAUUAGAAACAGAAAUGAAAAUUGCUUUUGGAAACCUUUGGAUGGAGAUGCUGUAUUUGAAGCCACCAUGGACUCUGACACAUUUAUUACAGUGUUUUAAAAAACAUUGGUUGGCUGUAUUUGGAUUAGUUAUGGAAAAGAAGUUGCUUUUAACUGUUGAGAGCCUAUAUGAAAAUCUCUCUAAAGCUAAUAAUGCGGUGAAUUUUACAACAGUGAAAUUUCUACUUGAGGAUUCUAAAAGUUUGUUACAUGCUUUUAGUACAAGGUCAAAUUAUGAUGGUAUUCUUCCACAGACCUUCACUCAAGUGAACAAACUGCUGCAAACAUUUGCAGAGAUCAAGACAAAACUUAAGCCAGAUUCCCCAGAAACUACAGUGAUUAAAAAUCAGGAAGACACUUCUUUGAUGAAGUUUCAUAACCAAGAAAUCACUGUUUUCUCAGAAUCUCAUCCUACCCAACCCAACAGGCAUCAAGAAAUCUGGUCUAUCCUAGAGAAUGUUUGGAUUACAAUAUAUCAGGACAGCACAGAUGUGUUUCAGAUAUUGACCUCAAGUUCAGCUGUAAUUACUCCAAAAUUAGCAUCGUUUGAAGAAGCAUUUAUAUAUCUUCAGAAGUUAAUGGCAGCUGUGAAAGAUAUUCUUGAAGGAAUUCAGAGGAUUUUGGUCCCCAACAGUAAUUAUCAAGAUGUUGAAACCCUCUAUAACUUCCUAAUCAAGUAUGAGGUAAAUAAAAAUGUCAGAUUUACUGCUGAGGAACUUUAUGAUUGUCUUUCUCAAACUGAGUAUCGGGAAAAGUUAACCAUUGGAUGUCGCCAGCUGAUUGAGAUGGAGUAUACCAUGCAGCAAUGCAGUGCAGCUGUCUGUAUGGAAGUCAAAAACAGGAUGGUGUGAAGACAUGCUCCACCCAAGGACCUAAGUGCUGAGUGUAACUUAGGAGGAAAUGCAUUCUUCAUAAGUAACAGUAACUUUCAAUCUGGUCACUUUUUCUUUUGAAAAACUCAGGAAGAUUUUAAGAAAUGUUUCAUAGAUAUAAAAUUGGUAUUACUGACAAUCUCAAUGAAGCUCUAAAAAAAUGAAUGUUCCCUUGUGGAUACAUUUUGGACUCAGCUCUUCUGGAGUUGACAGCACCUCCAGACCUGGACUACUGGUACCACACCUGUAUCUGUAAGGGAAAUCAUCUCAGUACUCCAUGGCAGGA